UGGGAUGGCCGGCUGAGGGUCUGCGUGGUAAAGAGGGAACUCCAGAUCUACCUUCCCCUUCUGCAGUGUCCCCACUUCCAUCUAAAACACCAUGUUCAACUCGAUGACUCCACCACCAGUCAGUAGCUAUGGCGAGCCAUGCUGUCUCCGACCUCUUCCCAGCCAAGGGGUCCCCAGUAUGGGAACAGAAGGACCGUCUGGUCUGCCCUUCUGCCACCAAGCCAAUCUUAUGCCAGGCCCUCACAGUUAUGGACCUGCCAGAGAGACCAAUAACUGCAUCGAGGGACCACUCUUUCCUCCCCCCCGGAAUGCUGUCAAGUUGACCAAGAAGCGAGCACUCUCCAUCUCACCCCUGUCGGAUGCCAGCUUGGACCUCCAGACAGUUAUCCGCACCUCACCCAGCUCCCUUGUGGCCUUUAUCAACUCACGCUGCACAUCUCCAGGAGGCUCCUAUGGCCAUCUCUCCAUUGGCACUAUGAGCCCAUCUCUGGGAUUUCCAACUCAAGUGAAUCACCAAAAGGGGACCUCACCUUCCUUUGGGGUCCAGCCCUGUGGUCCUCAUGACUCUACCCGGAGUGGGAUGAUGCCGCACCCUCAGACCAGGGGGCCCCUCCCAACUUGCCAGCUGAAGUCAGAGCUGGACAUGCUGGUUAACAAGUGCCCGGAGGAACCCUUGGAAGGUGAUAUGUCCAGCCCCAACUCCACAGGUACACAGGAUCACCUGUUGGGGUUGCUGGAUGGGCGAGAGGACCUGGAGAGAGAAGAGAAACCUGAGCCUGAGUCUGUGUAUGAGACUGACUGCCGCUGGGAUGGCUGCAGCCAGGAAUUCGACUCCCAGGAGCAGCUGGUGCACCACAUCAACAGCGAGCACAUCCAUGGGGAGCGAAAGGAGUUUGUGUGCCAUUGGGGGGGCUGCUCCAGGGAGCUGAGACCAUUCAAAGCCCAGUACAUGCUGGUGGUGCACAUGCGCAGACACACAGGAGAAAAGCCACACAAGUGCACGUUUGAGGGGUGUCGGAAGUCAUACUCACGCCUGGAAAACCUGAAGACGCACCUGCGAUCACACACUGGUGAGAAGCCAUACAUGUGUGAGCACGAAGGCUGCAGCAAAGCCUUCAGCAAUGCCAGUGACCGUGCCAAGCACCAGAACCGGACCCACUCCAAUGAGAAGCCAUAUGUGUGCAAACUCCCUGGCUGCACCAAACGCUACACUGAUCCCAGCUCACUCCGCAAACACGUCAAGACGGUGCAUGGUCCUGAUGCUCAUGUGACGAAGCGGCAUCGAGGGGAUGGCCCCUUACCCCGGGCACCCACUCUCUCCACAGCAGAGCCCAAGAGGGAGCGAGAAGGAGGCCCCAUUGGGGGAGAGAACAGACUGACCGUGCCUGAAGGUGCCAUGAAGCCGCAGCCAAGCCCUGGGGCACAGUCUUCCUGCAGCAGUGAUCAUUCCCCAGCAGGCAGCGCAGCCAAUACAGACAGCGGUGUGGAAAUGACUGGCAAUACAGGGGGUAGCACCGAGGACCUGUCCAGCUUGGAUGAGGGGCCUUGCAUUGCCGGCACUGGAUUAUCCACUCUUCGUCGUCUUGAGAACCUCAGGCUGGACCAGCUGCAUCAGCUCCGGCCAUUAGGGCCUCGUGGUCUCAAACUGCCCAGCUUGACCCACACUGGCACCCCUGUGUCUCGUCGUCUGGGCCCCCCAGUUUCUCUUGACCACCGCAGCAGCAGCUCCAGUAGCAUGAGCUCUGCAUAUACUGUUAGUCGCCGCUCCUCUCUGGCUUCCCCUUUCCCCCCUGGCUCCCCACCAGAGAAUGGAACAUCCUCCCUGCCUGGCCUGACACCUGCCCAGCACUAUCUGCUUCGGGCAAGAUACUCUUCAGCCAGAGGGGGUGGUACACCACCCACUGCAGCACCCAGUCUGGAUCGGAUGGGAGGUCUUCCUGUACCUCCUUGGAGAAGCCGAGCUGAGUACCCAGGAUACAAUCCCAAUGCAGGGGUCACCCGGAGGGCCAGUGACCCAGCCCGGGCUGCUGAUCAUCCUGCUCCAGUUAGAGUCCAGCGGUUCAAGAGCCUGGGCUGUGUCCACACCCCUCCUAUUGGGGCAACUGGAGGACGGAACUUCGAUCCCCACCUCCCAACUUCUGUCUACUCACCACAGCCUCCCAGCAUCAAUGAGAAUGUUGCAAUGGAUACUAGAGGGUUACGGGAAGAGCCAGAGGUUGGCACUUCCAUGAUGGGCAGUGGUCUGAACCCAUAUAUGGACUUCUCAUCUGCUGAUGCUCUGGGAUAUGGUGGACCUGAAGGAGCAGCAGCUGAGCCUUAUGGAGCUAGAGGUCCAGGUUCCCUGCCCCUUGGUUCUGGCCCACCGACCAACUAUGGCCCCAGCCCUUGUCCCCAACAGGUCUCUUAUCCUGACCCCACUACAGACUCAUGGGGUGAGCUUCCUUCCCACUCUGGGCCUUACCCAGGCACCAAGACUCCAAGUGGAACCUAUAGUCACUGCCCUCGACUUGAACAUUAUGGACAAGUGCAGGUCAAGCCAGAACAAGGGUGCCCAGUGGGGUCUGACUCCACAGGACUGGCAGCCUGCCUCAAUGCCCACCCCAGUGAGGGCUCCCCAUGCUCUCAGCCUCCAUUUUCCCACUAUCCCCAGCCCCCUCCUCCCCAAUAUCCCCAAUCAGGUCUCUAUCCCCAACCAUCCCCUGAUUAUCUGCCUUCAGAACCCAGGUUAAGCCUAGAUUUUGAUUCCCCCUCUCAUUCUACAGGGCAGCUCAAGGCUCAACUUGUCUGUAAUUAUGUUCAAUCCCAGCAAGAGCUACUGUGGGAGGGUGGGGGCCGAGGAGAGGCCCCAAUCCAGGAACCUCCCUACCAGAGUCAUAAAUUUCUGGGGGGUUCCCAAGUUACCCCAAGCGCUACCAAAGCCCCAAUGGCCACAUAUGGACCUGACUUCGCACCCAACUUGCCCAAUCAUAAGGUAGGCUCCUACCCGACCUCUUCGCCAUGCCAUGAAAAUUUUACAGUGGGAACAAACAGGGUUUCUCAACACAGGGCAGCGGCACCGCCUCGGCUUCUGCCUCCAUUGCCCACUUGCUAUGGACCCCUUAAAGCAGGAGGCACCAACCCUAGCUGUGGCCAUCCUGACGUGGGCAGGCUGGGAGGGGGUCCUGCCUUAUACCCUCCUCCUGAAGGGCAAGUAUGUAACCCUCUGGACUCUCUUGAUCUUGACAACACUCAGCUGGACUUUGUGGCUAUUCUGGAUGAGGCCCAGGGACUGAGUCCUCCUCCUUCCCACGAUCAGGAAGGUAGCUCAGAACAUACCCCACCUCCCUCUGGGCCUCCUAACAUGGCUGUGGGUAACAUGAGUGUCUUGCUGGGAUCCCUACCAGGAGAGACACAAUUCCUCAAUUCUAGUGCCUAAAGGGUUGUGCGUCUAUCCAUCAGAUUGUGCUUCCUAAGAGGCUCCCAUCCUUCCAGAGGAGAAGGGUGGAGGGCCACAGCCCCCUGAGUAAGAUGCCCAUGGCUGGGAGGGAUGGGCUGGGGGCUGUGUUUAGUCUGUGUAUGUUAGGGGAGGGA